GGCCGGGCGGCUGGCAACUCGGGGGCAGGCAGUGGGGUCUGGGGGCCAGGCCUUCCCUCUCCGUUUGCGGCCAAGUGCCGCUGCGUCCUGCCCCAGCUCCUGGACAGACUCGGCCAAGAUUAGAAGAGGCACCACCGGAGCCAGGGAGCCAUGGCUGAACCCCAAGGGGAGACGGAGCCGCGGCCGCCUCCGCCGCCUCCGCCGCCGCCGCCGCCGCCGCCGCCGCCGCUGCCGCGUCUGGUCACCCGCAACAGCCAAAGCCUGUCCCGAUCCCCCAGCCUGGAUAGCCGCAGCCUGGGUAGGGCUCCUCGGGAGCCCAAUUCUCGGGCCUCGCUGCGGCUGUCGAUGGGGAUGCCAGGACGGCGGCGAGGGGCGCUACGGGAGCUGCUGGGGCUACCCGCGGGGCCCACGCGGGAGGACGAGCAGUCCCCCGCUGGGGCGGCGGCGGCUUCGGCGGCCGGCGGCCCCGGCGGGCUCUGCCUGGAGCCCCGUGAGCACGCGUGGAUGCUGGCGGCCGCCGAGGGCCGCUUUGAGGCGCUGCAAGAGCUGCUGGAGGCAGAGCCCGCGCUGCUGAACCGCGUCGACCCGGUCACGGGCUACAGCGCCUUGCACUGGCUGGCCAAACACGGCAGCCACGAGGGGCUCAUCCUAGUGCACGACUUCGCCCGGAGCCAAGGGCUGUCCCUCGACGUGAGUGCCCCCGGCAGCGGUGGCCUCACCCCUCUACACCUGGCGGCUCAGCAGGGCCACGACAUGGUCAUCAAGGUGCUGGUGGGAGCCCUCGGAGCCGACUCCAGCCGCCGAGACCACAGUGGCCACCGGGCGUGCCACUACCUGCGGCCCGACGCACCCCCUGGCCUGCGGGAGCUGGCGGGCGCCGACGAGAGCGAAGAGCCUCAGAGAGCGGCGACCGCCACGGCGGGGUCUGUACGUCGAAGAGGCCCUCCCGGAAACGCCAACAACAACUGUAGCAUCAGCCGCAACAGCUGGACUGCCCGGCUGCCAGACCGAACAGACGGAGGGGCCCCGGGCGGGGAGAAGGGCUCCAGGAUGACCCAAAUUCAGGGAUUUUUCCGGCAACUGUUCUCUCUCUUCCAAGACCGAAAAAGAAACUGAGGCUCAUGGAGAUGAAGUGACUUGCCCAUGGCCACAGAACCAGGAAGUCUCCGAGCCCAGAUUGGAGCCUAGCUCCAGAACCAGGGAUCUUUCCAGUGGACCCCACUCAAGUGACUUACCUAGGGCCACCCCUAGUAAGUACCUGGGAGAGGUAAGAUUGGAAUUGGACUCUUCUUGACUCUUAAGUCCAGCAGCGCAUUAUCCACUAAGCUUCAUUGCUUCAUAUGAUCUAGUUUGGACUCUAUUGAAGGGAGAUUAAUUGCUGCAGGAUAAGAAGCAUCUCACCUACAUAAGGCGAUACACACACAUAGGCACAUCUAUGUAUGUGUGUAUAUGCAGGUGUCCAAAAAGUCUGAGUGCAAUGUGAAGUUUUAAUGACUUUAAUAGCUUAGAACUGCAGUAAGGCAUUUGGGCCACCCUGUAUAUAUGGUUACACGUAUAAGCAACCUUAGAGUGAGGCUCCCAUUUAGAAAUGACUCUUGGAUUAUUCAAAGUUUGAGGAUUGCUUGUGUGCCCCAUUUCUCCCCUCCCUUAGAGUAACUGAGUAAUUCACCUAGGGCCACCCCUUAACUGGAUAGUUACAAAGGAAUUGACAUAUAUCAUUUCACUGGGUCCUGACAAUGCUCAUGUGAGGCCGUCAGUGUUAUUAUUAUGCCCAGGGGAAGAAAUAGACUUGUAGAGGUGACAGGGUUAGCACUGCGCUCAGGGAGGUACUGAAGCCCAGGGAUUCUGACUCCAUAUGCAGGUUCCUGAGUCUUACAGUGAUCUCUGGCGGAAGUCAUCUUUUUUUGUGUCAUUGAUUUCUUUUUCUACCCACCCACCCCCUGUUAAAAAAGGACUUUAUAAAGACUUUUUUUUUUUACAAAGAUUGUUAAAAACUUUUGUAACAAAUGUGGAUAACUGAGCAAAACAAAGUCCCACAGUGGCCAUGUCCAAAACCGUAUGUCUCGUUCUGCUCUCCGUCAUUCUGCUCUGUCAGGAGGUGGGCAACAUGAUCCAUCAUUGGUCCUCAGAACUCAAGGUUAACCAUUGCAUGAUCAAAGUUCUAAAGUCUUUCUUUCAGAGCUGUUUUUUCUCUAAAAUGUUGUCUUUUAACUAAUGAGUUAUUGAGUUAAGUAUUUUGUAAACUUGACAAUAUUAUAAGUGUGAGUUAGUAUGAUUUCCAUUAUCAGAAGUUGUCUCAUCCUGCUCACUUCUCAGUUGUCUCUGAAACCAUCCCUUUGUCAUUUGUUAGGGUGAAAAAUAUUCCAUUCAAUUCAUCUACCAAAAUUUGUUCAACCAUCAUCCAAUAGGUGGGCAUUCCCUUAGCUUCCAGGUAUUUGCCACCACAAAAAAGUUGCUAUGAAUAUUUUUAAAAAUUUUUAUUUUCAGUUCCAUAUUCUCUUCCCCCAUCCACAUCUCCUUCACGCAUUGGGAAAGCAAGAAAUACAAUACUACCCAUUA